UCGGACUUGGAUGCUCAGCGGCUCGUGGAGCUCCAGCUUCCUGCCGCCACCGCACCGACGCUGGCAAUGGUGCCCAAGUACACGUACCCCUAUCCCACCGUGGACAUUCCCGACCACGCCCACUACACCAUUGGCUCUGUCAUCCUCGCCAUUGGCAUCACGGGCAUGGUGGGAAACUUCCUGGUCAUUUACGCCUUCAGCAGGAGUCGCAGCCUGAGGACACCGGCCAAUAUGUUCAUUAUUAACCUGGCGAUCACAGACCUGCUGAUGUGCAUCACUCAGACGCCCACCUUCUUCACCACCAGCAUGCACAAGAGGUGGAUCUUUGGAGAGAAAGGCUGCGAGCUGUACGCCUUUUGUGGCGCCCUCUUUGGAAUCUGCUCCAUGAUCACGCUGACGGUGAUCGCCAUCGACCGCUAUUUCGUCAUCACAAGGCCUCUGACCUCCAUUGGCGUUCUGUCAAAGAAACGGGCUCUCAUCGUACUUGGUGCUGCAUGGCUCUAUUCUUUGGGGUGGAGCCUGCCGCCAUUCUUCGGCUGGAGCGCCUAUGUCCCGGAGGGUCUGCUGACUUCCUGUUCCUGGGACUACAUGACCUUUACGCCGUCGGUGCGAGCGUACACCAUGCUGCUUUUCAUCUUCGUCUUCUUUCUGCCGCUCUUCAUCAUCAUCUACUGCUACUUCUUCAUCUUCCGUGCAAUACGCAACACAAACCAGGCCGUGGGGAAGUUUCAUGGCAGCACUCACAGUCACAGCAGCGGUCGUGACUCGCUGAAGAGUCACCAUCGGCUGCAGAAUGAGUGGAAGAUGGCGAAGAUCGCCCUGAUCGUCAUCAUGCUCUACGUCAUCUCAUGGUCGCCGUACUCCGCCGCUGCCCUCACCGCCUUCUUCGGAUACGCCGACAUGUUGACUCCCUACAUGCACUCUGUGCCCGCCGUCAUCGCCAAGGCCUCCGCCAUCCACAACCCCAUCAUCUACGCCAUUACACACCCCAAGUACAGGGUUGCGCUGGCUAAGUACAUCCCGUUUCUCGGUGUGUUGCUCUGCGUUCAUCCUCGCGAUAUCCGCUCAUCCAGCAGCAGCUUUGUGUCAACUCGUCGCUCCACUGUGACCAGCCAGUCGUCCGACAUCAGCAGCCACUUCAGACAGCAAAGCAUCGGCAAGACCCGCCUCAACUCCGUGUCCGACAGCGAAUCGGGUAUGACAGACACCGAGGCUGAUCUGUCCAGUAUGGGCUCCAGACCAGCCAGCCGCCAGGUCUCCUGUGACAUCAGCAGAGACACCACCGAACUGCCCGACUUCAAACCCUCGUCCAGCUUCAAGUCCAAGAUGAAGAGCAACGAUUCGGGCAUCUUCGAGAAGACUUCCUACGACACAGAUUUCUCCAAGACAGGAGUCGGUGAGCGCAGCAGCGUUCCAAAUAGCGGAGAUUACGCAGACGGACACGUGAUAAGAGGCACGCUCAGUCGAAUCCCGAGCAUCGUGGUCACCUCAGAGACCAGCCCCUUCCUCGCCAUUGGACAGAAUGGUUCACGCAACGCCCGCACCAAAACAAACAACUACAACAACAACAGCAACAGGGGGGCAGGUCACGGGUAG